AUGAAACUGAGACUUGGGGGACGAGCGGAGUGCACCUCUGCGGGCAGAGUCACGGCACAGCUCCUCUUAUCGUUCCUCGCGAUAUCGCCAACACUAGCCUCCGUUGGGGAAGCAUCGAACCACGAAGAGUCGGUCCUCCAGCCUGGACCACUUCUCCCGCCCAGCACCCAGCAACCCGCUUCGGCCGAACACCUCUUCACGUUGCGACACAUCUUUCACCACGGCACAUAUCGGCAUCCUCAUCUGCACCGGAAGAAGGAUGUCCGCCACUCAGACGACGUCGAAAACCAAGUCUGGCUGGCCGAGGAGGACGGGUUCAAGAAGGAAAAGGUGAUGCCUCUCACCGUCCAGAGCGCACCACUGAAGAUCGAGCGUAUGGUCGACCGCCGGCCGUCUGUCGUCGACCCGAUGGUUACCGAAGCUCGACAGCGCGGCUAUGUCAACAUCAUGUCGCCAUCCGACUGGACUCUUGACGAGGUUCCUGGACCCAACAUCACCGAUAAAGCUACUGUCAUUAGCCUCGCAAUUAUGGCUGCGAACGCAUAUAUCGAGGAGGAGGGCCAGGCAGACUGGGAAGAGGUCGGUGGUCCGUACAACAGAAGCGCCGACUUUGGUUGGGAAACCGAUGGACUGCGUGGGCACAUCUGGGCAGACUCGACAAACUCCACUGUCGUGAUCGGGCUGAAAGGAACUUCUACUGCCAUUUUCGACGGAGAAGGAACCACCACGAACGACAAAGUCAACGACAAUCUCUUCUUCAGCUGUUGCUGUGCCCAGCAGGGACAGUGGACUUGGCAUCAAGUAUGCGAUUGUGCAACGUCUACGUACUCGUGCAACAACACCUGUGUCGUGCAAGCACUCCAGGAUGAGCACCGAUACUACACGGCGGCUAAGGAACUGUAUUCGAACGUCACAGAGAUAUUCCCCGACGCGAACAUUUGGCUUUCAGGCCACUCGCUGGGUGGCGCCGUCAGCUCUCUGCUGGGCCUGACCUAUGGCCUCCCUACCGUCACCUUCGAAGCCGUGCCAGAGGCGCUUGCUGCCGGAAGGCUGGGUCUUCCCGUACCCCCGGGCGCGGAUCAGAUGGUUCAUCAGGCCCGCCAGAAUACUGGUGCCUAUCACUUUGGCCAUACAGCAGACCCCAUCUAUAUUGGCACUUGCAAUGGGGCUACUGCGACGUGCUCUUUCGCUGGAUACGCCAUGGAGUCAGCUUGUCACACUGGCCUCGAGUGUGUCUACGAUGUCGUAGCCGACAAGGGUUGGAGAGUUGGCAUCGGAACUCACAAGAUUCGAUCUGUGAUCCACGACGUCAUCAUGAAAUACGACAAGGUGCCUGAGUGCAAGGCCACUCCUGAAUGCCGUGACUGCGCGAACUGGAAAAUGUACGAAAGCAACGGCACGGAGACGACCACAACGUCUAGGUCUUCAACAACGUCGAAGACGCGCACUCGGACAGCAACCUGCCAGACGCCAGGCUGGUGGGGUUGCUUGGAUGAGACGACGACUACUCCAGUCACGACUACAACGACCACCUCAACCACCUCAACUUGUAAGACGCCUGGAUGGUUUGGCUGCAAGGACGAGACCACGACCACUACCACGACUACCACUUCGACAACCACCACCUCGACGUCCACUACCUGCCUGACCCCCGGAUGGUUUGGCUGCAAGGACAAGACCACAUCGACCAGCAGCACGACUCUAAUGCCUGGUUCGACUCCGUCUCACGGUAUCACCGCCGCUCCUACGGCAACUCCCACAUUAGCUCCUACAAAGGCGCCUCCGUCAGAUCCCCACUGCCAACGGAGGUCCUGGUUCGGACGGUGCAAAGAAUACAAUCAGGCUAGCGAGAGCAAUAGUGAGGACUUGUGA